UUAGACCCACCAAAGAUUCCCAUUUCCCUCUGUUUUUGAUGGGGAAUUACAGAUUUAGAUUUUCAGACAUGAUCCCCAAUGCCUGGUUCUACAAGCUCAAAGACAUGGGCAGAACCAGAAACCAUUUCAACAAGACCAAGAAACACCAACAGACAGAGCCACCAAAACCAAAGCAACCCCACCACCAGGGUUCUUAUCCCAGAAAGUCCUACUAUUUCUCCAGGGACCUUGUUUCCCACGACAGAUUCUGCAAUUCUCCCAAAUCCACAGACCCACCAAGGAAAUCUUCCAGAAGGAUAAGAUCCCGGAAGGUAGCAGCUGCCAGGGCUUCCCCAAAGCUCGUCGCCUCCCCUGUCUACCCGGGUUGCAGCUGCCGGGCGACACUCUGGAGUAAACCUGACGAUUCUCCGCCGCCAGAGUACUCUGCUUCUUAUUCUUCUGAUGGGUCUUUGGGGCUGGAGAUUGGCGAAUCUUUUCCGCCGGAAUUUAGGACGGACCGUAUUCUGACUACUGAAUCGUUCGACGACAUGGUCGCCUGGUCCCGUUCCGACGCCAAAGAUAUCGUUAUCGAUGUGCAAGAGAUUGAGCUUCCUCCAAUCAUUACCAAACCGGAGAAACUCAACGAUUAUGUGAAGGAUUUGAAGAAGAAAGAUCAGAAGGAAGACGAAACCACCAACUACCAUCGGAGUUCGCUCUCCGUCAAGGUGAUGAAGGCAGAGAGAAUCACAAUGAAAGAACAACGGAACACCACCCCUGUUAGAAAAUUGUCAUCAAAUUCUCCUGGGGUUAAGCUCAGGAUCAAUUCUCCCAGAAUUGCCAGCCGGAAAAUCCAAGCACAUGCUCGGAAAAGUGUUUCAUCAACCUCAAGCUCAGGUUCCCGGCGAAGCCUGUCGGAUAGUCUGGCGGUGGUGAAGUCGUCGUUCGAUCCCCAGAGAGACUUCAGGGAAUCAAUGGUGGAAAUGAUUGUGCAGAACAACAUCAGGGCAUCCAAGGACUUGGAAGAUUUGCUUGCUUGUUACCUUACCUUGAAUUCCGAUGAAUAUCAUGAUCUUAUUAUCAGGGUUUUCAAACAAAUCUGGUUUGAUUUGAGUGAUCAAGCCCAGUUGAAGUUGUGAUUUUGUUUAAAUUUCUCUGAAAUGUAAAUCUUUUCUUCUGUUCUAUACUUUUAUUAUAAAUAAUUUUGUGUUCUUAAUCUUUUAUUUAUUUAUUUAUUUUUGAAUAAUUGUAAUGUAAUUUG